CAAACAACAACGACACAUCUGAAAUUACAGCAAUAUCUGGCACCAUGGAUCGUAACAACUCUCUUGUCGUCCAAACACCAGUUGAGGAGGAGUCGGGAGGUGUUGCAAUUCGACGACCGGAUGUUGAGGCCGAUGCGGACUUCGAUAUUCUGUCGUUCAUUGAGUCUUCUUCUGACAGGCAUGAAACUGGUCAUGAAAUGGAGGAUGAGGAAUACCGUAAGCAGGAGAAAAUGCUCAUGGAUUCAGCCAUCGAUUUUGUUCUCAGUGAGGUUACUGAUGAGAAUGUCCAGAUCGCCACCGUCAACCCUCAUCCUAAGCUGUCGAUUGCACACGAUCUAGUGUCAUUCCUCUUGAGCCACAAAGCUGCAACUUCUUACCUCUUCAGGCGUCAUCCAAUCCCUUCUAGCGCUACCCCUCAGCCGUUCCCCCUCAACGUGUUCAUGGGUCAAUGGACAUCAUGGACAAGUUUCACGCUAUCCAAAUCUAGGGAGGUCCAACCAGGCACUCUUCAAUGCUCUCAGCCGAUAAAACCUGGCGAUAUCGAAGUCAUAACGGUUUCAAAUGACAAAUUCGUACAACUGAUGAGUCUUGCAGACGGGGAUGAGACGCUGAUGAUGACAAUCUGGGAGACGCCCGAUGCUUCGAGACAUGUGCGUCCUCAUCUGGAGCUAAUGAAACCUAACUUUGGUUUAGUGGAAGAGAUUGGUGAGAGAGUCAUUGCUUGGAGAGUUCAUGGACUUGAUGUCUCGUAUUACAUGGAUAGACUGGGAUAUCGCAUUCCCGGCAUGGUUUGGCCUCUCGAGGAGCUUAGCGAGGAGUGAAGAUGCAAUACUUUUUACUCGGGUCUUACAGGGUGCAGACUAGCGAUAAGUAUGAAAGCCAUGGACAUGGAUGGCAAUAGAUAGAGAUUAGCGCCUUAGGAAAAAAGUUUAUAGAUCAUGAUACACUUUUGAAGUUUGGGC